UGCACAGACUCGUAAAGCGCCGAUCAACGCGGACGCAGCGUUUACGCGCCACAGCACAAGUGGAUUUACUGAACACCUGCAUGGGGACACUGUGAGGGCUUGAUACAUUUUUCUAUCUUCUGCUGGGAACUAACUGGCAUCUGGAAUGGAACUGAAUCUAUCAAAGAAUGUCAUUUCCUGUGGGGACCAAGGUGGGAUGAAUUUGGACAGAAUCGCAGAGGCAGCGAGAGCUCCGCCGCCGACGCGCGACGUGGCCGCCGCGUUUCAUUUACAGAAAAGCUCCAACAGCAGCAGAGAAACUUUAGAGAACUCAAGCAGCGAGUCUUCAGACGCAGAGUUGGCAGAGAAGGAGAGAGGCGCGGAGCACAGGAGCGAUGACGGGAACGCGGACGAUCCCAAGAAAAAGAAGCAGCGGCGGCAGCGGACUCACUUCACCAGCCAGCAGCUGCAGGAGCUGGAGGCCACCUUCCAAAGGAACCGCUACCCGGACAUGAGCACCAGGGAGGAGAUCGCUGUGUGGACCAACCUGACCGAGGCCAGAGUGCGGGUGUGGUUCAAAAACCGCCGCGCCAAGUGGAGGAAGCGCGAACGGAACCAGCAGAUGGACCUGUGCAAGAACAGCUACCUGCCGCAGUUCAGCGGCCUCAUGCAGCCCUACGAGGACAUGUACCCGGCCUACACCUACAACAACUGGACCAACAAGGGCCUCGCGCCCGCGCCGCUCUCCACCAAGAACUUCACCUUCUUCAACUCCAUGAGCCCGCUCACCUCGCAGUCCAUGUUCUCCGCGCCCAACUCCAUCUCCUCCAUGACCAUGGCCUCCGGCAUGGGCCACUCCGCCGUGCCGGGCAUGCCCGCCCCGGGUCUGAACAACAUCAGCAACCUGAACGGGAUCGGAACGUCCGGCAUCAACUCGGCCAUGUCGUCGUCCGCUUGUCCGUACGGGCCUCCCGGCUCCCCGUACAGCGUUUACCGGGACACGUGCAACUCCAGCCUGGCGACGCUCAGACUCAAAUCCAAACAGCAUCCCACUUUUGGAUACAGCGGCCUGCAGAGCCCCGGAUCCAGCCUGAACGCCUGCCAGUACAACAGCUGACGGGCUGGAAUGUUACACCCGAGGACGCCAACACAAUCAAACCCAACUGGAUUAUUGCAAUGAACGAAACUCUGGAUCAUGCGGGUUACACGUUUACCUGUGAACUUACACAGCAAUUCAAGUUAAAUCGAAUGAGUUUUUUUAUGAUAAGGACUUGUUACAUUUGCUGCACUGUACAUAUGUAAAUGUAAAUAUAUAUACAGGUCUAAUAAGAUGAUUUUUUUUUUGCCUGUUUCGCUUGUUUUUUGCGCAGAGGACUCGACCAAACUCAAGAAUUUACAACAAAAUAUAAACCGUCGAGCUUAAAAGAACUAAAAAAAAAGGAAAAACAUGUUGUGCAUCUUUGAUACUGUCUGCUUUCUGUUUUGUGCACAUGCGGGGUUCAAGUCUGCGCCAAAAUGCUUUCCAUUCGCAGAAACAGAAAACGGAGAAAAUACUUUGUUUAAACUGACAUGCUUUGUACAAUAAUGUAAUAUUUUGGUAAACUUAAUUUGCCUUAAGUGUAUUCAAAACAUGAUUCAUGUGUGUUUGUUUGAAUAAACUCCAGCUUAAGAGGUUUAUUCCA